GUUCCCUCUUCCCUUCCCUCUAAAUUCUGAUUGGUCAAUCCCUUCUUUUUAAAUCGCCAAAAUUCUUAUUCUCUCUUCACACACCUUUUCCCCCCCUUUUCUCCCUAUUUCCAUUCCCUUUCCCUCCAACCUUCAACACUUCCUCUCUCUUCUCCGGCUCCGGCUCCGGCGACUCCUCCUCUUCCACACGUCGAUCCCCGAUUUCACUUAUGGGUGCUGGAGAGGACACGGAAAGGGCGGUGAGAAGAAUUACUUUGACUAAACCGGUUUCGUUGGAGGCAGGGUCAGAUGCGGCCGAGUAUAAAGCUCCUAACCUACUCAGUCGCAUCCUAAGCCUCUUUAAAGAUGUACGGCCAGGAUCUGAUCUAUCUCACUUCAAGGUACCCCCACAGUUCAACAUGCCAAAAUCACAACUUCAAUGUUAUGGUGAAUCUGUGUAUUGCUUCAAUGAAGACAUGUUAAGGAAGUGCAACAAUGGGAAGAACCCAAUAGACAGAUUUGUGGCUGUUGUAGCAUGGAACAUUUCUACUCUUCGUCCUUUAACUUUUGGUAUUUCUCCUUUCAACCCAAUUCUUGGAGAGACCCAUCAUGCUUCAGCAGGCUCCCUAAAUGUUCUACUUGAGCAGGUUUCACAUCAUCCACCAGUGAGUGCCCUCCAUGCUACUGAUGAAAAGGAAAACUUGGAAAUGAUAUGGUGUCAGCAGCCUAUUGCCAAAUUUUAUGGUACAUCUGUGGAGGUGGAAGUAAGGGGAAAGAGAGAGCUGAGACUUUCAAAUCAUAGAGAAACUUACGUUAUGAAUGCUCCAAAUCUGAUGUUCAAAUUCCUUCCAACACCUGGGGCUGAAUGGAGUGGUAAUCUCAGAAUUGCUUGCCAUGACAGUGGUCUUGAAGCUGAGUUACGUUUCAAAGGUCUCUCUUUCUUUGGAUUUGGAGGGAAUGCUAGAUCAAUCAAAGGAAAGAUUUUUGAUAGUUUGUCAUCAAAGCCUCUUUAUGAGGUCAAUGGUCAAUGGGACAGAACUGUCACGGUGAAGAACAUAGAGAGCGGUGAAGUUGCAGUCAUAUACAACGCAAAAGAAAACAUUUGGAGACUGAGAACUCCUACAGUUCAAGACCCAAGGAGUGUGUGGCCAAGUGAAUCAGCAGUGGUAUGGAGUGAGGUGAGCCAAGGCAUUCUGAGCAAAGACUGGGAGGCAGCAAAAAGAGGAAAGAGAGCUUUGGAGGAGAAACAAAGGGAGAUUGCAAGAGAAAUGGCAUCAAGAGGUGAGACUUGGGUUCCUAAGCAUUUUACUUUUUCUCAUACUAAAGAAGGUGGUUGGGACUGCACACCUAUCCAUAAAACAGUCCCUCCAUCCCCCAUUGUUGUACCCAAAUAAUCAUAUUCCUCUCGAUUUUUUUUUUGUAUAAUAACAAAACAUUAAUAGUUUAUUGUAAUGUUAACUUUGUUGGAGGAGUUAUAUAUAUUUAUUCAACAA